CGUUAAACAAGUUUUCGUGGCAUAAGACGCUUAAAUCGUUGCGAUUUCCGCCAUAUCCAUUAGCUUUCAGUGGUUUGAUAGCUGCAACCAAACCCUAGAGCUAGAGAGAUUCAAUAUUAUCAUUUUGUUUGAUUCAGAAAUGGAAACUUCGUUUAGGUAUGGUGGAGAUUCCAAGUCCCUCCGGAUUCAUGCUAAGGAAAAAAUCUUCAUUUCCCCCAACUCCGUCUUCCAGCUUCAAGGGGAGCUCGACACGAAGCUUGGAGCUCCUACCUUCGUGAACGGAAUGCUUAGACACUUCCAUCCUAGGUUAUCAGCUAGCCUUGGUAUAGGAGUUUGGUACAAUAAGCGGGAUAAAGUGCACUACCACAUACGUGGGAAGAAGACAUUUCCCGUGACUGGCGAUGGAUUGCUUAGCUUCAAUGUUAAGGGUCGUUCUAAUAUCAAUAAGGAAUUGAAGCAGAUUGAUUAUUCUGCUGCUACCGAGCUUGUUUGGAGCAUCUUUGAUGUAAAAAAGGACCAGGAUGUACGCAUCAAGUUGGGAUACAAUGUUAUUGAUAAGAUUCUAUAUAUGCAAGUUCGCGAAAACAAUUGGACGUUCAACAUUGAUCAGAAUCGAAGAUGGACUGUGAGGUAUGACCUUUAAGAUGGAAUGUGAUAGCUAUGAUCUUUCAUUUGGAUUGUUUUAGCUACAUAUGAUUGUAGGUGUUAUCUUGAACAGAUUCAACCCUGAAUUUAUUUUUGUAAGACAAUUUUCUAAAAAUAUAUGGUAAAUUUUCUAAUGAGAGAGAGAUAUGCCAA